CCAACUUCAUUCACUUUCUUUCAUCCCCAUUCAGCAAUUCCAUACCCACCAAUCGCAAAGAUGUUGGCCUGGUACCAAAGAUGUCUCGCCCAGCGUCCCAUGUUGACGCAGAGUCUCACUACAGCCACAUUAUUCGCAGUAGGCGAUAGCCUCGCCCAACAAGCCAUCGAAAAAAAAGGCCUCUCUAACCAUGACGUUAUCCGAUCUGGUCGAAUGGCCCUGUACGGCGGUGCAAUCUUUGGCCCGGUGGCCACAAAAUGGUUCCAAUUCAUGCAAAACCGGAUCCAGCUCUCCACCCCAGGGAAGACGCUCGCGGCGCGCGUCAGCGCCGACCAACUCCUCUGCGCACCGACCAUGAUCGGGGUGUUCCUGACCAGUAUGUCGGUGAUGGAGGGGGUGAAGCCCCAGGAGAAAUUGAAGCGUACGUAUUGGGAUGCGUUGAAGGCGAAUUGGACGCUUUGGCCGAUGGUCCAGGCGGGGAAUCUUUGGUUGGUGCCGUUGCAGUAUAGGGUGUUGGUGGUGAAUGUGGUUAAUAUUGGGUGGAAUUGCUUUUUGAGUUUGGUGAAUAGUGAUCAUGUGCCUGAGGGGGAGGAGCAUGCGCCGGGGGUUUAGGGGUUGGAAUUUGGUUUGGUUUGGUUUGGUUUGGUUUGGUUGGGUUGGGUUGUAUGCUUUGGAGUGAAUGUUGAUAUGGUGUUGGAUAGAUGGAUGGAUGGUAUGUCGAGUAGCUGUACUAUGCUGUGUUAUGGAGUGUAUUUCAUUUGGUAUAGCAAUGUAUUACUGCUUAGUGUGGUG